AAUCCGGCCUUACGUCUAGUUUCUCUUCUCCUCACCCCAUCCUCACCACCGUAAGAAGUCGUGUGUGCCGUUUCCUUCUUGUACGGUUUUCGUCGUCGCGAGAAUACACACCUGAUCGCACGUUUCUUCGAGGAUGGCCGCGAUGCUGUCCAACUGUUCGCGGUUUGCGCCUCGUGCGAUCACCCGUAGUAACGUUUUACGAGGCAAGGUCACGAGAUCGUUGUACAGUCAAGGACGCACAGUGAUUAUUCAUGCGGAACAUGAAUCCAAUGGCAAAAUCUCAUUAUGUAGAAAAUAUAAGGGAAUCCGUCAUUGGAUAAAUCAUUCGAGACACAUACACUCAACUUCAUCAUUAUGGGAGAUCAGGGAAGUUGUAGUUCCUGCGUUCGCUGAGAGCGUGAGCGAGGGUGAUGUGAGAUGGGAGAAGAAAGUUGGUGACCAAGUGAAGGAAGACGAUGUCCUCUGUGAGAUCGAAACCGAUAAGACUUCGGUCCCUGUGCCGUCACCCGGUUCUGGCGUCAUAAAGGAGCUCUUUGUCCAGGAUGGUGAUACUGUGAAGCCUGGCCAAAAGUUGUGUAGCAUCGAUAUCGGCGCAACCGGUGGAGCAGCUGCAGCUCCAUCUGAAGCCCCGAAGCCCGCUGCAGCCGCACCAUCACCACCACCACCUCCUACACCGAAAGCAGAAGAACCCAAACCAGCAACUCCUCCGCCAAAACCUGCAGCUCCAUCAGUUCCGCCUCCCGCCGCUAAACCACCACCUCCAGCAGCACCGACCGCUUCGAUGCCGGUCGCGGCUAUCAAACACGCGCAGUCGCUGGAAAGUGCUAAAGUUCAACUACCUCCUACGGAUUAUUCACGUGAGAUAAUCGGCACCCGAACGGAACAGCGUGUAAAAAUGAACAGGAUGCGCCAGCGUAUUGCGGAGCGUUUGAAAGAAGCGCAGAACACAAACGCGAUGUUGACAACGUUUAACGAAAUCAACAUGAGUCGCAUCAUCGAGUUCCGAAAGGCACACCAGGAGUCGUUCACGAAGAAAUAUGGCAUCAAGCUUAGCUUCAUGAGUCCGUUUAUCGCGGCUAGCGCUUACGCCUUGAAAGACCAACCUGUGGUGAACGCCGUAAUUGACGGCACUGAGAUAAUAUACAGAGAUUACGUAGAUAUAAGCGUGGCAGUUGCAACGCCAAAGGGACUCGUUGUACCGGUACUUCGCAGUGUGGAGAAUAAGAACUACGCGGAAAUCGAAAUUGCUCUGGCCGCUUUAAGCGACAAGGCCAGGAAAGGCAAGAUUACCGUCGAAGACAUGGACGGCGGUACUUUCACAAUAAGCAACGGUGGCGUCUUCGGUUCGCUUUUAGGAACUCCUAUCAUCAAUCCACCGCAGAGCGCGAUUCUCGGCAUGCACGGCGUCUUCGACAGACCGGUCGCUAUCAAAGGACAGGUUGUUAUUCAACCAAUGAUGUACGUAGCUCUUACGUACGAUCAUCGACUGAUCGACGGUCGCGAGGCUGUAUAUUUCUUGAGGAAGAUCAAGGACGGCAUAGAAGAUCCUAGUAUUAUCUUGGCUGGUCUUUAAAUAAUUCGUAACACAUCAGCGAAUUCAUUAUCAAUCUGGAUCCACGAUCCAGCGAGCGCGACGCGAGAGUUUGCACACUGACUGGGAGUCUUCUUGCUUGAAGGAAAGCCUUUUAUCAUGGGCAUUCCUAUUUUGAGCUCGACGACAAACGCGGUCACGAAUAACAAUAAAUACGCAAACUAGUCCUGAUUGUAACUCUAAAUUCUUACAAUGAAAGUAUUGUAAGUUACUAUUGUACAUUUAUGCGUUUUUUUGUCGGAUAACAUGUGUUUAUUUCGUUAUUGAAAGUUUUUAAUAUCCAGCAGUGAUUGUGUAGUAAACGAUGAUAUCUCGGUCUACGCGUAAAGCGUCGCAAAACACGUCACGAAUUCUUGUGUUUUUAUAUAUCCUUCGAACACAGAUUUUCGCCUUGUUAGAAAAUGAAAGUCGAGAAAGUACCUUUAUUGUAGAUCCACAAAAAAAUAAAAUCUCACCAAUUUA